CCGCAGCGCGAGGGCAGCAAGGGCGGCGGGCACCGGGCACCGGGCGCGGCCCGCGGCAAGCGACCAUGAUCGCUUUGUUCAACAAGCUGCUGGACUGGUUCAAGGCCCUGUUCUGGAAGGAGGAGAUGGAGCUCACGCUGGUGGGGCUGCAGUACUCGGGCAAGACCACCUUCGUCAACGUGAUCGCGUCAGGACAGUUCAAUGAGGACAUGAUCCCCACCGUGGGUUUCAACAUGCGCAAAAUCACCAAAGGGAACGUGACCAUCAAGCUCUGGGACAUUGGGGGACAACCCCGUUUCCGCAGCAUGUGGGAACGCUAUUGCCGAGGAGUGAGCGCCAUCGUGUACAUGGUGGACGCUGCCGACCAGGAGAAGAUCGAGGCCUCCAAGAACGAGCUACACAAUCUGCUAGACAAGCCGCAGCUGCAGGGCAUCCCGGUCUUAGUCCUGGGGAACAAGCGAGACCUCCCAGGAGCGCUGGAUGAGAAGGAGCUGAUUGAGAAAAUGAAUUUGUCUGCCAUCCAAGACCGAGAGAUCUGCUGCUACUCCAUUUCCUGCAAAGAGAAGGACAACAUAGAUAUCACCCUACAGUGGCUUAUUCAGCAUUCAAAGUCACGGAGAAGCUGAGGCUGUGGUUCUCCCUCGGACCAGGGACUGCAGUUACCUAACCCGAAGCCAAGCUCCCCGCCCACCCCGUCGUCCCCUCUAAGCCCAUCGCUCCUCACUCCGCGUGGGGAGGACCCACCGGGGCUCUCAGAGUCCCAUUCUGCUGAAGUUUGAACUCCUGUUUUUAUUGUAAAAUAAAUCGCCCCCCCCAAAAAAAAAUCUGGUCCCCUCACCUCUCUCCCUUUGGCCCUUCACCUAGCCUUGCUUCCCUCCCCUCUUAACAGCCCUGGCCCCGCAUCCCCUCGCCUCCUUGCUUCCCUCUGCCCCUCCCCCCACACCCCUUUUCAACACUCUGUUAUUGUCCUGUGUGUACAGUAUAUAUAUGUAUAUAUAUUUUAAUUUUUUAAUUUAAGCAAAGACUAAAAUCAACCAUUUGACACUGCGAGGGCCGAUCAGGACCCAGGAGGGGCGGUCUGGAGACAAGGAAAGAGCUGCCGGGUUGGCUUGGGUCAAGUUCAGAUCCAGAGAGGUGGAGGCUGGCAUCCAGGGCAGACACCAGCCGUGGUGGCUGUCCCCAAUGUUCUGUGUGUUUCUGCCUCCCAGUCUGUUUUUGGGUUUUUUUUUCCAUGUAGGGUCUGAAUGCCACAGGCUUUCAGGGGACCUCCUCUCUGACCCUAGCCUUGGUAGGACCACCAGGCACAACCACAGACUAGAGACCACCAGGCCAAAGGGGCAGCAAGCCGGUGUCCAUACUGCCCCAGCUCCCACCUUCCGGGCCCCCGCUCUUGCCCCUACCCCGGCCCACCUCCGUGGCCCACCUCGCUUUCUGUUCUCAUUCACGUGGAGUUGCACAAGGAGAGAACUCAGCAUGGGGGGUUGGUUCUUUGGGUUUUUUUUUUUCCUUGUUUAUUUGUUUAAUUUAAUGAUUUGUAAAGUGAUGUUCCUCUUCCUUUUUUACACUUUUCAGCUCAUACUUAACCUCUGUUAGGAAAAUGAUUCUUGUAACUGUACUUUUAUUUUUUUUUUUUUUGCCUCCUAAUAAUGACAACAAUAAAUGACCAAUUUUAUGUUG